GACUAAACAAGGAUGUGCAAAUUAUACACACUUAUUUAUGUUUCCCAUUUCUUUACUCAAAACACUUUCGCUUCUUCACAAUUCACAUGUUUAGCUCACUUGCCCGGAAAGACACGCCAUCCUAAUACUAUCCCAAACUUCCCUUAAACUUCCUGUCUUCAACAGUUACCAUCUUCAUUCCCAUAACCAAAAACACUACCCAUAAUUCUCAAGAACAAAACAAUGCUUUCUCUGUUUGCUUUAAUUCCUCUGUUUUCUCAGAAAUGUCUCGAACCAAUCUAAUAAUCACUACAAAAAUUCACAUAAUGGCAUUAGAUGGGAUUGUAAAUGUCAAUUCUUUAUUCACUUUCGCUCUUUUUCUUGGUCUCGCAUGGUACCCUGCUGCUGGCCCUGCCACCACCCUCAUCGCUGAACCUUCCUGUGCUGCUAGCUCUGCCAUCGCCGAGGAUAUGAUCUCCUUCCAUGUGUAUUCUUUCAGCUCUUUUCUCUUCUCUAGUCUCGUCGCCUUAGCUCUCAAACAAGCUAUCAGGAUUGCUGAUAAAGAUGAUGACUUUGUUAUCAGUGUGGCCGAAGUUGGAAGUGCGUCUCUGGUGCAUGCUAACAUGGUGGCAUUAAGAGUUGGGACUUUGGUUUCGGGGUUUGGUUCGGUUUUUGGAUGUGGGUUCUUGAUGAUGGCUUUGGUUGAUUUGGUUCAGAUAAAGUUGGGAAUUCUGGCUUGUGGAAGUUUUUAUACCUUUGCUGCAAUUGUUCCUUUGGUUAUAUUAGUCCCUCUUGCCCUAGUAGUCUAUGUUUUUCUCAUGCUUUAUUCCUUCACUCGCUAGAAAUUUUUUGGAGUUAUUUCCAUAAAUUGAUGAAAAGUUUAUACUUUA